AUGGCGAAAGUCGCUGUGUGGAAAGCUUUCGUUAGUUUCCUUUUACUUUUCGCUAGGAUUUCUUUUAGCAAAGGAGAUUAUUCCAUGAAUGGAACGGUUUAUUACACAGAUGGGUGAGUUUACUAUUUUUAUUCCGUUUUUGUCACAGUCAAUUUGAUCUUUGGGAUAAUAUUGUGAUCUACAUCUACAGCUAAAAAGCGAAAGAGAAAAAAAUUAAUGCAUCGUAUUUUGAUGUUUAUCCUAGAGAUUGUAUUUUUAUGGGCUGGGAAUGGUUAAUAUAAGCUUAAGAUUGGAUGGCUAAGGGCUAAGGAUCUACUGGGCUGAUCUCACCUCUCGUUUCCUCGUUGAUAUGUGAUCACGAGUUAUGUAACACUUCAUAAUUAACGAAGAAAGGUUCCGAUGAAAUUUCAUUUCGGUACCAAACUUCAAACAAUUUUUAGCGCUAAAGUGUUUCUGCUGACAAGUAAAGUAAAAUUUCCGCACCGCCCCAUACUAUUGUAAAACAGAUCUGUUGUCCCAAUGGCAAUGUAUGUUUUCGUCAUUGUUUCCUCUAUCCAAGAACUGAAUACAUAAUAUAGUAUAGGGCUGUGCGGAAAUUUUACCAUAAGUAAUAGAUAAUAAAUAAUUUAUUUAGAAAUGAUUACAGGAAUCUCGUGUUCGGACGAAAAGUGGCGGAUGCUUCAAUUCUGCUAACUUUGACCAAGUGUGACAUCACGUUAUCAUGGUUGAAUAUUGAACAACUUUCUAGUCAAUAUGGGAUUACUGUAAUAUUAGAUUUAGUACCCUCCUUCCUUUUCUUUGGGGAAAGGAAAAGAAGGAAUGCUGUGGAUUGUCUAGUUUUUGUUAGGAAUCCUAAAACACCUUCCUUCUUCCUCACAAAAACAUAAAAACUUUGCAAACCUUAUCAUUAUUUUAUUAAGUUAUGAAUAAAUUACAGACACAACUUACAUAUAGCAUAAAUUUAAACUAGUCAUGAGCUUGUGACAACAGUUUAUCAGGAAUAAUUAACUAAACAGCUAGACUAUACAAAUCAUUAACAGCCUACAUAAAUAUGGUCACACAAAGACUGACAAUGGAUUUCCUUUAACAAUUUCACAGGAAGUACCACAUAGAGUUUGGAGUACUUGACAAAGAAAAUGGUGUAGCCUAUGGAACCUAUGAUGAUGCUUUGAUUACUACAGGGUAUGUGAAGCAAGUAUGACCAAAGGAAAACAUAUAGCUGAGAAAGGGGAGGAGGGUCCUUGGAUGAUUGCUCUCUCACCCCUCCCUCUUUGUAAAGGAAAACCAAGUCUCUUUUGCAACCGGAAAACUUCUAAUGUUCUCAAAUGUUGAUACAAUGUUAAGGUAGGACCCCCUCCCCCCCCCUCAAUCAGUUAAUGAUGCUCGGAGUUCAUGAAAAAUGGGAUGCAUAUGAAACUUGGUGAGGAAUUUUUCACCAUUUAACAAAUAGUGGAAAGUGAGCUAUUUCCUGGGUUAGGUUAGUAAAUUUAUAUUUGCUGGUUUUUUUUUUUUUUUCAAUUUUAGAUGGGGUGAACUUAACAUUGCUUCAGGUUCAACAGGAAGUUACAGUGAUCAGACUAUCAUGUUUGCAGCAGGGUAUCUUGAGGGAGCUUUGACUGCAGGGUAAAUGUCUUGAAGAUGAACUCAUUAUAUUGUUAACUUCCCAACUGAAUUUACUUCUGAUGAGUAAGAGAGAAUGUUUAAUAACCCUUUACACCCUAACAUCAGUAUACGUUUUCUCCAUACUGUUCUCUAUACAUUUCCUAAUGGUUCUGACAAAGAGAAUUUGCUUAACAAUCAAGAGCUUCUUUAGUUGGUGAUCAUUUCCUUUAUUCUCACGACCUCAAAGUUUGUUUAAGGGUUGAUGCUGAUAGAAGAAUUUAGUUUCUAAUCACUCUUAGGGUUUAAAGGGUAAUAACAUCUUUAUUUUGUUUCCUUAUAGGAGGAUAAAUGAAAAUUAUGAGAACAAUUAUUACAUUGCCUUCGGCCAAAAAUCAGAACAGUUUGUGAAAAAGGUUGAAGAAUGGUUUGAUGCCCAGGUAAUGACAAACAGUAUUUUUUUUGCUGAGUGGUGUGCUAGUUGUCUUCCUUAGGGUACCUUUGAAGUUAUGAUGUUGAAAAGAAACUUUGUUUGAGCUUGGAAACAUCUUCUGUCCUCUCCUCUGGUGAACUAUGUUGCUCUUCCAUCCUCCAUUAACACUGGCUGGCAUCCAUCAUUGUUGUGUUCCCUUGCUAUGUAAAUAACAAUUGAAUAACACAACUGCACACAAAGAAGUUGACCUUGCUCUUUUUUAUUUCUUUGCUUCCUCGUGCUCUCUUGUACAUGACAUCCCUCCUUUUCUUUAAAGAAACAGAGCAUAGCAAUCAUUCAACCUAGUUAGGAAUAGAACAAAUCACUCUUGAUUUUUUUUUGAUCAUUUCUGCUGAAUUUUGCUCUGCGCAAAGACAUAUAACUUGUUGAUACAAAAGUGAAAGAUUUUUCCUAUUUUAUUUCUUUUGUAGGAAGAAUGGAUGAGAAACAAAAUAAAAAGCGAAUCAAAGAACAGCUCACUUUGGAGACAAAUGGGAAACAUUGUGUCUCAAUAUGAUGGUGAACAAUAUUAGUCAAAUAUUCAUUAAUUUAUAGAAGGCUCUGAGCUUAGUGUUUAUAAUAAUUGUAUUUGAAACUCCAUUAAACUUGUCUAUUUUGUAGGAAUCACUCAUACAUCAAUUUGCUCGAUCAAAAAACAUUGAAACUCUCAAAACGAAAUCAGGAUGUUAUUACAAAAAAAACACACGUGAUCAAACUGGUUAAACAAGAAUAUGUCAAACAAAAUGCAGUGUCUGAUGUUACUGAUUAACUUAGUUAUAAAACAGUGUGAAUGAUUUCUACAGUGUUCCUCAAAUUCAUCAUUUGCCAAAAACAAGAGCAGAGUUUAUUCCCAUGUAGACUGACCCAGACUGGCAAAUCAUCUUUUUCCUGUUGGUUUGCUUUUUUCCACUUUGCCGUAAUGGCACUGAAAAAAAUUUCCACUCCACAAUCCAUUUUUUGUAAAGCAAAGAGCUUGAAACAGAUUCAACAACUUUUGCUUUCUAAGAUGCUUAAAAAAAUGAAAUUUGUUUUAGAAGUAGCAUUUGUGAGUUAUAAUUGAUCUGUUUAAUCUGUUAAUAAGAGUUUGGUCAUUCUGUUAAGGUAAUGUUUAUGGUAUUAAUUUCAUUGAGUAAAUCUGUUGUAGGGUGUGUGUAGUUGUUAAAAGAUUACCAACAUCUACUCCAACUCAGGUUGUCUAGGUAUUAAUUAUUGGGUAGUCUGACCAUUUUAGGCUUUCUAUCUUAUUUUCUUUCUUUUCUUAUUUUCCUUAAUAUAGGGCUUAUAGCUGGUUAUACAGAGAACCCACCCAAGGAGAAGGUAAAUUCUGAUUGCAGCAUAACAUAUAAGUUUAGGAAGUCAUGCUGCCUAAGAUGAUUUGGUGUUGAUGAAUUUUUCCCAAUCUUUUUAGGAAGUGCUGGGCAAGUUUGCUUUCCAACUUCUUAAUGGUAUUGGUGAUUACUUGACUCUGGGUGAUGUGAUCAGUCCUGAUGGACCACCCGACUGGAGUAGUAUGACAGAAGAGCAGAUUACAGCCAAGGUAUUUUUUAGAGUUCAAUUUGGGUGUUAAGUUAUUUUUGUUCUUAACCCUUUACCUCCCAUGAGUGACCAAGUCAGAAUUUCUCCCUACAAUAUCAAUAUAAUGUCAACCAGAUAAGUGAUGAGAAUAAAGAAAUAUAUCAAUUUGGGGAUAAUUUGUCAAUCCAAUACCAAAUUCUCUGAACUGACAUCAUAAGAAUUGUAUGGUUGACAGUAAGGAGAAUUACAAAUUUGAUAUGGGAAUAAAAGGAUUAAGGUACAAGGUGCUUUUGAUCUUGAUUGCAUGCAUUCAUAACACGAACUUCUAACUCUACUGCUGCAUGGAAGAGUAUUGCAUGAUAAGCUGAGUUGUUCAUGCGUUUUGAUUGGUUCUCACUAACUCUAUUGGAGGGAAUACGCAUAGAUGACAUCACUAUGAACAGUAGUUUGCUUUUUUAUUUAAUGAAACAAAUAGAUUCCAGAUUGUUCAUGGAUCUGUACAGUUAUAAAUCGCAGAAGAUGUAAAAAAUGUGGUGAGAACAUCAGUGAUAUGCUCCACUGUGCCAUGCAUGUGUGGCACAUUUUUGUUCUCAUCACAUUUUGACAUCAUCUCUGAUCUGUUACAGAACAGACACACAGCAACAGGGAAUCUAUCUGUUAACCCCUUAACUCCUAAGAUCUCAUUUUAAUUCUCCUUACUGUGUGCCAUACAAUUCAUAUUAUGUUAGUUUGGAGAAUUUGGAAUUGGAUCAAAUUAUAAUCCCCUUAUUGAUAUUUUUCUUUAUUCUCAUUACUUGUCUGCUUGAUAUUAUAUUGAUAUUGUGAGGAGAAAUUCUGUCUCGGUCAUUCAUGGGAGGAGACACAGUUACCUCUUGGCUUAACCCUUUGACUCCCAGUAGUGAUUAAAAUGUAACUUCUCCCUAUAAUACCCAUACAUUAUUCAGCAAACAGGUAAUGAGAAUAAUCAAACUUAUCAGGUAAAAGUCACUAUCUUGAUCCAGCACCAAGUUCUCAUAACUAAUUUACAAGGAAAUGUGUAGCAGUGAGAGUAGCCUGUAGAGCAGGUGUAAUUUAGGCUUGCCAGUGCUGAGUAAUUUCUUAACGAAUAUUAUGGCCGCCAUCUUUGAUUUUAAUGGGAGCGGAAGGCUGGGGAGAGGAAAAAUUUAUACCAAGGGGGUGGUCGACAGUCAAAAUUAAGGAGAGGGAUGGGGUUAGGGGAGUGAGGAUUAUGCUGUCUUUUCUCCCCUCCCCUGCCCCCUACCCCCACCGUCCACUCUAACUGCAAAUCAAAAAUGGCCGGUUGAACAAACAAUUGCGAGCUUUUUAGCGUUAGCUCGCACUAUCAAGAUGCCUGCAUUGCAGGCUACAGUGAGGGGGAGAAUUAACAAUCAGAUCUUGGGAGUAAAGGGUUAGCAUGCUGGACACUGGAUUGAGAACAGGACACUUACAUCAAGGGACUUCUUUGAAAUAUGCCAAACUAACACUUGAAAAAAUCUGUAGUAAAUUUAGGUGAUAUUCCUUUGUUGUAUAAUUUAUUCCCUUUAAAAUUUCAAAUAAAUUUUUUACCAAGUCAAAAAAAUUUCCCAAAUGCAAAAUAUUUUUCUAAAAUAAGUUUGGUAUGUUAUCUUACUUUAAAUAUGGGCACUUACCUUAAGCAGUAGUGAUAUUAGGCCUUGGACCUGGAAGAUGGGAGCACAUGCAAUAGUGAGAACAACUUCUUUUCAGAAGUAGUGUAGACCACCUCCCAGUUGGCUUCUUAGCUCAUUUGAUAGAGGGAAGAUCACACUCAUAUUCACUGAUUAAUCUACAGUCUACACAUACAUGUAUGAUAUUUAUAUAUUCACAGUCAUUUAUCUUACUUUAGUUAGGAAGAAUGGGCCAUUGUUCUGCACUUAUAAAAGUUCUUCCAGGUUAUGAAGAUAUCUUCGCAGGACAUUCAAGGUGAAGUAUUUCAGAUCUAUCUUCCUUACUUUUAGCUUCCUACCUGAAUUAUUUUCUGACUUACAUUUCUCAAGGUUACCAAUCAUCUCAUUGAUUACCUUAUCUGUAUUAUGGCUACUUAAUUUGCUUUUAAACUCUUUUACUUGGUUUGUAGCUGGUUCUCAUAUGGUGCAACAAUGAGGAUCUACAAACAUUUCUACUUCAAUCUGAGAGAUCCAAGCACAAGUAAGUUCUAGAACUUUUUAAUUAAGCAUUUUUUGUUAUAAUUAUUAAAAUUGCAUUACUUGCACCACUGAGCACUGCAUAAUAAAAACAGUGAUACAUACAAUACUAGCAUUAUUUUACAUUUCUAAUUUACAGUAUGUAAAAUACUAAUAUUGAUCACAAUUAUUACAUUGAUAUUAUGCUUAGCAGUAUAAUUUAUCAACAAUGCAUGGUUAACACUGCAAAAAAAACAUUUCUCACAGGCGCUGCUUCAUGCAUUAUUAUUACAAGGAGAUAUUAAUGAAGAUAAUAAACAAUAACAAGAACAAAGAGUACAUAAAUAAAUAAAAUAUAGAUAAAUAAAAAAAUAGGCUUUUAAACUUUACAGCGAUUGGACUGUUUAAGUUUUCUUUUUUUCUAGGUGGUUUUAAAGUUCAGUGUUCUCUAACCACAUAAGCACAAGCCCAAGCACAAAUACAAGAGCAUCAGCUCAUAUUUUACUGUGAAAAGGCCUCUACACAGGCAAAACACAAGCACAAGCAGAAGUACAGGGCACAGAAUUUUUCUUUUUUCCUGUGCUAGUCUUUGUGCUAGUUGACUUUCAUUUUCACUUAGCUUAUUUACCUUAUGCAUGCGGUUGUGCUUGUGCUUUUGUCACCUGUGAAAACCACAAGCUUCACAUUACCAUGACAUGUAAGUUGUUAUCCUUUACAAAAUCAAUAGAGAAUUAUUGUGGAAUGUGAUGGAAAUUUUCAGGUGCAAAACGGAUGUCUUUUUCAAGCUAUCCUGGCUACCUUGUAUCACUGGAUGAUUUUUACAUCAUGGACAGGUUAGCUUGAUUUUAAUUUAAGUUGAACGAUAGCUGAAGGGACCUUCUCUGACUAGGAAGAGGCUGAUGAUGCCCAAACAGGGGGUUCACUGAACCAGCUGCAACUAAUUUCUCUUGCUUGAUAAAAGUUUCUCCAAAUCUAAACUAGAAAUAGCUUAUACAUUUUCACUUAUCAGCCUUAAUUGUUUUCUUGGUUGAGAUGCAUAAUAUAUAUGAAUGGAGAAAGUGAGGAACUGUUGAAAGCCAACUCCAAUCGGUAGUGGAUACAUCAUGUUAACUAAUAUGUUGCAAUUUGUACCUUGUUUCCACAUUACACUCUUCACAACACUUGGAGACAGUGUUGGCUAGUGGUAGGGGUGCUGGGCUUUUAAUCUUGUGAUCCUGGGUUCAAGCCCUCCACUCUGCUACUCACUGAAUUUGUUCUUGGUUUCCCCAAGGUCAACUCCCUCGCUGCACUUUUUAUAUAGUCAACUGGUCUGUCUCUGGCCAGUUGGGAUUUUUAAACACUUUGUUUAUUCAUUCAUUCUAUUACUCAUAUGUUUGUAUUGGCCCUGAAAAGCUCCACUGGGGGAUUAGUCAAUUAAGUAUACUUAGUUCACAUUCAUAAAUUUAUUUCUCUGAAGGGGGAAGUUUGUCACUGAAUUUCCAGGUAGCUGCACUGCUACUGUACAUUCAGCUAGUGUCUAUUUUUUUUUUGGUCUUCUGACUUUUUAGUGGCUUAGUUAUGGUCCAGACAACAAACAAUGUUUUCAACACUUCACUGUAUAAGUACGUGUCAACAGAAUCCCUUCUAGCCUGGCAUAGAGUACGCCUUGCUAACUUGAUGGCUCACAAUGGUGAGGAAUGGGCAGAGGUUUAUGAACAGUAUAACUCAGGUAUGUAGACUCUUUCCUGCAUUAUGCUAUUGAUGUUAAUUAACACUUCACAUGUUCAAAGAUCAAGCAGUAAAGUAAUGAGAAUAAAUAGAAAUAUCAUUUAGGAGAUUAUUAGUUGAUGUAAUAUCAAAUUCUCCCAAGUAACAUCAUGAGAAGUAUAUUGUAGACAGUAAGGAGAAUUAGUAAUGAGAUUUUAAUCAGCGUUAAAGGGUUGACUAUCUUUGUCUUGUUGCUGACUCAUGGCAUGGGACAAAAUAGUGAAUCAGAGUCCCCAGGAGGAUCACACCUCAGACUUUGGGAUUCUGCACUAAGCCUAUGAUCCUACCACUGAGGCUAAGAGCUCACCACUGAGGAUAAGAGCCCACUACUGAGCCUAAGAUCCUACCUCUGAAGCCAAGAGCUUACCUCUGAACCUAAGAGCUCAGUGGUAAGCCUAUGAGCCCAGUACUGAGCUUAGGGGCUGAGCACGAAGCCUAAGAGCUUACCCUAAGCUUAGGAGCCUACUGAGCCAAGGAGCCUACUACUGAGCCUAGGAGCCUAGUAUGGAGCCUAUGAACCUACCACAUAGCCGAAGAGCCUACUACUGAGUCUGAGUGUUUUGCCCAAGAAUACAACACAGUUCAGUUUAUAAUUAUAUGACAUGCAUCCUGCAUGCAGCCAGGAUCAAUGAUGUUGAAAGUGUUUAGUGAUUAAAUAGCAUAAGAAAGAUGGUAAAGUUUUAAGCUCAGUAAAGAAAUUAAGGAAGAUGCCUUUUGUCUUGUCACAAAUGGGGAGGCAAGAUGAAAAACUAGUCUUUUUUUCAUACAACUCCUUUGGGUAAAUCCUGAGAAUUUUGUGUUUUAAGUGCCAUGUGCCUGGGUGCCUAAUGGUAUGAUGAUCAGAAGGAAGGGAUGUGCCACAGGUAACAUCCCUUUAUGAGUUGAAUGGACCCUCUUCAACGCUUGUCCUUUUUUUUAUGUCUCAUAGGUACUUACAACAACCAGUACAUGAUCCUGGAUCUGAAACGAGUUGAGUUAAAGAAAAGUUUGCUAAGCGGAGCUCUGUGGGUUGUGGAACAGAUUCCAGGGUAGGUUGAGAAAAUCACAUUCACAAAUUGCCACAAGCAACACUGCCAUUGACUCCUCUACGUUCAGUUACAUAUUGAAUGUAGGUUUCUAAGAUAGUUUUUCUUGGCUCUAUGACUGACUGUCUUUCAUUUAUUGUGUGAAAAAAUACUCCGCAGUUAAUUUCACCCAGGCAAAAAAGGGAUAUGUGUUAAAGUUUGUCAGGAGCUCACCCCUGUCCUGUAUCUUUUUAUUUUUAGAAGCACCUCCCACAGGGUUUCUUGCAGGUGUUUACAUAAUAGCCAAUCAUAAGAGAGCUGUGGUCCUCUAUUGCUUACGUCACUUGCAGGCUGCACGAAAGUAUUUCAAUAAUGGAAAAAAGCGCGGAAAGUUUACCAUUUUUUUUCGGGUGUUAUGCGAACGUCAGCGUGUUUUCCCGGGAAAUUGAAGAACCCCCCACGUAUCUCAGUUCUAAAAAUAAAAAGAUACGGGACAGGGUUGACUCAAGGGUACAAUUGGUAUGGAGGCUCCGGGUAAUGGGCUCCUGAGUUUGUGUAAUUUUGAGGAUCAAUCUGUGUGGUAUGUCUGGUGGCCUAAUAGCUUUCAAGUUGGACUGAAGACAAAGCAAUGUAAUUUCAUUUUUAUGGAGAAUCGAGACAGUAAAGCCCAAGACAGCUAUUUGUGAUGAACUGAAGCCUACAUUUUUUCAAUGUUUCCAAUAUGUGAUGAUCUGUCUUUCAGGUUGGUGGCCAGCGGAGAUCAAACUGAGAUCCUCAGAGCAGGUUAUUGGCCAUCUUACAAUGUGCCCUUUUAUGAAGAGGUGAGUCCAACAAAGAGGCGCUCUUAUAACUGAUUAAAAUUCACUUUGCCGUUUACAGUUGAGAGAAUUUGUUUAAUGCCAAGGCAGUGGCUGCUAGAGUGUUCACAAGCUCACAGCUGGUUAUUACAUCUACCCCUGCCUCUCCCCAUCCCUGAUCGUGACACAAGUCAAGGUGAUUUUAAGUGUCCCCUUCAAGGGUGGAAGGGAGAAGGGAGGAGGAGGGGGGCACCGUUUUUUUAAACCACCUAUGUUGGGGUGCACAUUUACCAUUGCUGCUUUUGCUGUAUGCUAACCAGGAUUUACUUAACGUGUGGGGACUGCUUUGAAUAUAAUACGUAAACUAAAUGAAGAUAUCACAUCUGGUGUAUACACGAGAUACAUCUUUUCUGAUAUCUUCAGUGAACAUAAAUUGUUUUCCUUUGACAAUAGUUCUUAGCCUAGCUUAAUAAACUUGACGGUUUAAUUGUUUUUAAUCAGGUGCUUUGUUAUCUCAUUAGAUCUAUAAUCUGAGUGGUUACCCUGAAUUUGUGAAGAAACACGGCCCGUCUCGAUCAUACCAGCUGGCUCCAAGGGCUGAGAUAUUCCGUCGUGACCAAGGACUGGUAACUUACUGCAUUUAGAUCAUUGAUCUGUCUUUAAAUGAUAUAUUAUCGCUGGUCUAGUGACAAGGAAUUCUGAUUCAUAAUGCUGCUCGACCAUUUUGUAACAGAUAAAUUUUCUGACUUUACAGGUUAAGAAUUUGACAUCGAUGAAACACAUCCUACGUUACAACGGUACGAUUGUGCUUAAAUCAUUGAUUACGUUAUUGUUUUCGUGCUCACAAGCUUGCCUCUUUCCCAGCUAAGGUGGAUGAAGGUCAAGAGGCCAUUUUAUAGUUGUGUACUUAAUUGCCAAGCCUUUGAUUUAGAGUGUGGCUGAACUUGACCAUGUCGUGACAGAGACCAGUAUCUAGUUAGCAUGAUAGCAAAGUAAUUUACAUUUGAGGCAGCACUAGAGUUUCCUUAGUAACUUAGUAUAGCUGAUAACAUACUAGGUAAAUAUUUCCGUAGACAACAAAAUUGCACGAGUCCACAGGGCAAGGGCAAUUUGUAGUCUUUGAAAAAUUUACAAGUACUUAUUACACCAAAUUGCAAGAGAAAUCAUUUUAUUACUUGUAAAUAAUGUACAUAAAACAACAUCACAGAGCAAAGACAGACGAAAUUUUGAAAGCCUGCACGUGCUAUUCGUAAUUUGCGCACGUGUUACAACUUUGCACCCGUGUUACAUGAGAAUGCACUCGUUUUCAGCCAAUCAGAAGCGUGUAAUUUCUUCAGGUACAUUAUUACUCUCUAAAAAGGUGGAUGAAGUUUUUUUAAUCUUUUGUGUUCUUCCCGAUGAACACAGAAACGCUACUCUGUUAGGGUUAUAUGUAGUUUCUUUUUUAUCCCCUCGUGAUAGGAAACUCUUCCUUCUUAUUCAGAUUAUCCUACAGACCCGUACUCAGACAAUAAUCCCUACAACUCUAUUUGCUCCCGAGGGGAUCUGCUUAUUCCAUCAGACAGAAGCCCAAGUGGUUGCUAUGAUACCAAGGUAGAGUUCUGCCGUUGGCUUAUAAUAACUCCCCAUAUGGGUAGAGUGAGUUUCGAUGGAGUGUAUGUAAAGUAAAACUGAGGUUAUCGCAAUGGACAGUCAGAGCAAAGGCCAACAUCACCAGGAGCCAAAGAAGGUUCAGAAUAAAUUCAAGAAAAUUUACUGAAGCGCAGGAAAACGCAAGUUGGUCUGAAGGACAGUGAAUUUUUAGAACGUUUGAAUGCAUGAUACAUAAAUUGUAAUUUUGCUUAAAACACGUGAUCUAGUUUUGAGACGGAAAAGCACGGGGAAAGAUUUGGUUUGUUUGUUUGGAUUAAAGAGAAGCAAACCAUUAUUAUCCCGGGCUUCCUUCGACAUUCAAACUUUAUGAUAGAUACUUUUGUUGAUAGAGCCAUACUUCGUUUCACUUAUGGAACCCGGAGUUAUUUCUCUCCUGUUUUGAAAUCUUUUUUGGAAAUGUCACCUAAAAUCGUUUUCUGUUUUUGUCUUCAGGUGACAGAUUAUGGGAUGGCAAAGUCGUUAAUGUCGGAAGCUAUCAAUGGUCCAACUCACCAGGUAAUCUUAAAACCCUUAGAAGACUAGCUGCUUUGUUACCCUCUGAAGCAGCCUCCUUGCUAAUAGUUGUGUGUGGUUUAAGAAGAAGCAGUUUUCUGCAGUAUUCCUGUGGUACGACAAGCUUGUGACCAGUCAGCGAGGGACGUGUAGCAUGCCAUGUGACCACUGGAAUGCAUUUAAAUAUCACAAAAUGCUGACCAAAACCGUUUACAAGUCGUAGUAAACUUUAGGUACGCACUUGGGGUUUAACUCCUCCUCUGCAGAUUCCAUACUCCACGCGCAUUCGAUCUGUUUUCUUAGCUUGCUUUCGCGUAUGUCGCUUAAAAUAAUCUUAUCUCUUACAUGUAAAGUAAUGAACGAUAUUCCACUUAUUUUUCUUUUUUCAGGGCUUACCUGUCUUUUGUUGGAGUCAUUUCUCUUUUCCAAACAAGCAUGUUGGUUUGGUGAGUACAAUUUCAAUUUAACGCAACAUUUUUUAGCCAGAAAUUCCUCACACCACUUUAUUUCUAUAGAGAAUGGGGUAAACUUAUAAAAGCAUUGAGAAUGAAUACCACGUGAUUUCGUCUCCACUUUGUUUCUCUUUCAGCCUGAUUGCUAUGACUUUGACUUCGUGACCAUGAAGCCGAAAUUUUAAUAGUCAGUAGUUUCCUGGGUCGCCUAAGAGCUAAUGAUGACGAGUAGCAAUUUUUGAAUACUUACUACUAAUCGGAUCUGAUUUGUCAGACUCGUCCCUUACAAGAAUUACUUUCGUUAUAAAUCAGAACUUGCCGACGUGAAUAUUUAAAUCCUGAACUUCAGUCAAUUUCCAAACUUCAGUUCAUUUCUGAAUUUCAUCCACCUUUUUAAUGGAAUUUUAGUCUGUUCCAGGCGUGCAGUGAAACAUAGCGGCUGAUAGCAGCAGUGGAGCAAAAGAAGGGAGCGGGCUUGGGUUGGGGCGCGUGAUGAACUUACGCGACUCGAUCCAAGCCUCCCUCGUUUUUACGCUCAGCCGCUUCUCUCACACCGCUACCGCGAACUGACUGUACGCCUGGAACGGGCUAGUGGAAUUUUGAUAAUCUGACCAUUCUCAGUGGCUAGUGGAAGGCGCCUCCAUGAUCAGACUUGGAAGAUGAUUUGUUCAACACAAAUGAUAGGUCUCUUAAACAACUUUGAAAUUAGAUAACGCAAUAUUUAUUUAGAUAGACGCGAUUGCAUGCUUACUUUUCUGAGCGCAAAAAUUUUCUUAAGGUAAACAAGAAGCCGUCAAAAUUUUUUUAGAACAUGCAAUUUUUUUAAAUUUGGAAUAGUAAUAUAUUGUAACAGUAUAAUAUUUCUUACUAUAAAUCGCACAAAUCGUCAAAAAAAAUCCCCGUCACCCUCUAGUCUAGCUAUUAAAAUCGUGUGCUUUAUUUAGAAAAAUUUAUUGAUGUUAUCUACUAGUAAAAAUUUUGGAAAUUAAAGCAUCUUGUUUCUUAGAGCGG